AUGAGCAGCUUCACACGGCUGCUGCUUGAAAAAGGCCUGACCUAUGGCACUUCGGAUGGCGCAUUGCCACAUCGCUCUCGGGCGAGAACAGACGAGGCAGAGGAGGACCCGCGGACUGUGCCUCUGGACAAGCUCCUGGAAGAGUUGGACCAAGAGGACCGCUCAGAGCCAUCGGUGUCCUCGACAGCGGAGCCCGAGGCGCCAGCGCCUGCAGCGCCCACCCAGGCGAGGGAGGGCACCAGAGAAACAGUGCUGGAGAGCAGCGUGAACACUGUGAACACGUGA